AUGUUCCGCUCCGCCCUCGCUUCCACCUCUCGCAUGGCCAUGCGCGCCGCCGCCCGCCCCAUGGCCGCCCCCGUCGCCCGCGCCCCCAUCGCCGCGACCCAGGUCCGCGCCUACCACCCCAAGGUCAUUGACCACUACGAGAACCCCCGCAACGUCGGAAAGAUGAACAAGGCCGACCACGACGUCGGUACCGGUCUCGUCGGUGCCCCCGCGUGUGGAGAGCCUCUCGGUGUUAGAUGGGCCGUUGUCAGUGACAGGAGUCCUGUGGCAACGAUGUCGUUGCAAGCCGUCGCCGUCCCUCGUGACGCUCGUGACGGUUUGCCCAGCAGUUACGCCAGAAGUUGCUUAGCUAUGACUUCUCUCACUGUCAUGAAGCUCCAGAUUCGUGUCGGCGAGGACGGCAUCAUCGAGGACGUCAAGUUCAAGACGUUUGGAUGUGGUUCCGCCAUCGCGUCCUCGUCCUACAUGACUGAGCGUGUCAAGGGUCUCAGCCUCGAGGAGGCCGGCAAGGUCAAGAACACCGAAAUCGCCAAGGAGCUCUGCCUCCCGCCCGUCAAGCUCCACUGCUCCCUGCUCGCCGAGGACGCCAUCAAGUCGGCCAUCAAGGACUACCAGGACAAGCGCUCCAAGCGUCUCGCCGCCGCCCAGGCCGCCGACGCCGCGCCCCAGGCCGCUGCCGCGACCGCCUAA